AUGGCCAUCAUCGACAUCGACAAAGAUCUGGCUGCCAUUUUCUCCCAACAAGCUAUCGCAACACCUGAUGCCAUAGCCCUGGAGGACAAGUCACACAACUACACAUAUGCCCAGCUCGACGACAUUACCAGCAAGCUUGCCAGCUCACUGGUACAACAUGACGUGGGCCGAGACAACCCCGUGGGCGUUCUCAUGGGGCGUAGUGCAGACUAUGUGAUCGCAUGCCUGGCAGCCCUCCGGGCCGGAGGCGCAUUCCUGGUCCUCGAGCUUGCCUAUCCUCCAGGCAUGCUCGCAAAUGUCAUUGAUGAUGCUUGCCCGACUGCCAUUAUCACCAAGAGAGAGCACGUUGGCCGAAUCACGGCCGACGUCCCCCUGAUCGUCAUGGAUGAGCCAGAGUCAAUAAACAGGAACCCGAAGCGGGGAGUGGGCACCUCGGUCGAUGAGACCGACCUGGAGAAGUUGGCUUUCAUCUCGUACUCGUCGGGAACCACUGGAAAGCCCAAGGGCAUUGCAAAUCCCCACCGGGCUGCAGUCCGAUCCUAUGACUUGAGAUUCAAGCUCAGCAACCUCGGGCCGGGCGACCGAGUUGCCUGCAAUGUGUUCUUUAUAUGGGAGAUCUUGCGGCCUCUGCUCCGUGGAGCCACCACAUUCUGUAUUCCGGAUGAGGCAAGCUAUGAUCCAGUCUCCUUGGUGGACCUGCUUUCCUCAAGGAACAUCACUGAGACCCUGAUGACGCCAACGCUUCUUGCCACAAUUCUCACAAGGCAUGCAAGGCUUGGUGAGCGCCUUCCGGAGUUGAAGACUCUUUGGAUGAACGGCGAGGUCGUUACCACCGACCUGAUGAUGCGGGCGAUGAGGGCUCUGCCCAACACUCGUCUGCUCAACUGUUACAGUGCGAGUGAGACGCAUGAGAUCGCUUGCGGUGACAUCAAGGAGAUGAUCAACCCGGAGCAGCCCUAUUGUCCAGUUGGCCCCCCGCUGGAUCCAAAGCACACCUAUGUCCUCGAUGAGAACAAGAAGCGGGUCGGGCCUGGCGUUUCCGGUGAGCUCUUCAUCGGAGGUCAGCUCCUGGCUCGUGGGUACCUCAACCUCGAGGAGACGACGGCAAAGGCAUUUCUACCUGACCCAUUCGACGAGACCCCUGGUGCUCGCAUGUAUAGAACCGGCGACAUGGCAAGGAUACUCCCGUCAGGCUUGAUGGAAAUCACCGGCCGGGUAGGCGCCAUGAUCAAGGUUCGCGGUUACAGUGUUGUGCCAGGGACAGUGGAGAACGCCAUUGUCAAGCAUCUGGCUGUCCGUCACUGUGCUGUCGUUGCCCGAGGCGACGGCAUUGAGAGACAACUAGUUGCCUAUGUUGUCCCAGACCAGGACGCCUCUGAUGAUCCCGACCGUCCUGUGGUGUCGAUAGACGAGUCCGGUUUCUGUCCCAAGGGCCGGCGAGCACUCGCUGAGCACUUGGCUCACUACAUGAUCCCCGCGCUUUGGGUUCAGAUGGACGAGUUGCCCACCCAUGAGGUCUCGGGCAAAGUCAACCUGAACAGCCUGCCACCGCCUCCGGACCCAACAGCUGCUUCUACUACCUCUAGCAAACCAAAAGCCAACAACAAUACUACAAUCAAGCCUGAAAAAAUUGGCGAACUCUGGGCUGCAGCCUUGGGAAUACCUCCAUCUGCUGUCACGAAGGAGCAUAGCUUUUUCGAUCUCGGCGGCCACUCCUUGACCCUGGCCGAUCUUUCCAACCGUCUGACGAAGACCUUCGGAUUUUCUGUCCCAAUUGGAGCGCUGGCUGGCAACCCAACUAUCAAGGGCCACGUCGAGGCUGUGACUGCUGCCCGUGAUGGUCACACUGCUGCUGUCCAGGCGGACCUGCCUGCGGUGCUCCGCGCCGACUCCGUUCUGCCGGCUGAUAUCCAGCCCAAGAACGCGAAGAUGCGUCCUCUUAGCGAUGCAGAGACAGUCCUGUUGACAGGUGCGACUGGGUUCCUGGGCGCCUUCAUUCUUCAUUCCAUUCUGGAGAACACUGCAGCAGACGUCAUCUGUGUGAUCCGUUUCAACGACAUCAUUGACGACCAGAGGUCCGCUGGCAUGGCCAGGGUGCGCAAGAACCUGGUCGAUCUUGGUCUCUGGAACGACUCCAUUAUUGAUCGUAUCGAGAUUCUUCCUGCCAAUCUGGCACGGAAGAGGCUGGGACUUACUCCUGACCACUUCGAGGAGCUAGCCUCGAGAGUGGACGCUAUCAUCCAUGCGGCGGCCACGGUCAACCUCGUCUACCCAUAUGCUGCUCUGCGAGCGCCCAACGUUGGUGGAACUCGUGAGAUCCUGAGAUUGGGAUGCCUUGCGGGCGCGCCUGUUCAUCAUGUCUCGACCAACGGUGUGCUCCCGCCGUCAAGCGACGGAUGGUCCGAGGACACGAUCAUCGACGUGGACGAUGUGCCCACAAAGCUACAAGAUGGCUACAGCCAGACAAAAUGGGUUGCAGAGCAGCUUGUCAUCGAAGCCAAUCGCCGCGGCCUGCCGACGAGGAUCUACCGCCCCGGGACAAUUAGUGGCCACAGCAAGUCCGGCGCUACCAACGCUUGGGAUCUCUUGACAGCCAUCAUAGUGGAGUCCUUGCAGAUUGGGUACGCUCCAGAUAUCGCGAACUGGCGCCUUGAGAUGACCCCGGUCGACUUCGUGAGCAGAGCCAUCACGACGCUCUCCGACCACCGAGACAUGACCCAGCGCAUUUUCCAUCUCGGUGACCCCUCCCCAAUCGGCGCCAAUGACGUAUUUAGCCAUUUGAGCCAAUUAGGAUUCAGCACGGAAAAGCUUGCGUGGGACAAGUGGGUAUCGCUGUGGUCGACAAAGCGUGGCUCUGGGCGGUGGGGUGAAGGCUCCUUCACUGUCGACAUCCUCCGCUCUGGCAUGCCCACAGUUGACUUUAUCCAAGAAGUCACAGUAUUGAACGACGCGAAGACUCAGCCAGUCCUCGAAGGCGUCUUUGGCCUAGCCCGCCCCAAGAUUGACGCCAAGCUGCUUCAGACUUACACCAAGCACUUCUACGCCCGAGGUUGGCUGCCACGUCCCCCUCGCAAGACCAUCGACAACAUGUCCGCCCAAGUCAAACCCCGCGGACCCCUUGCCGGCAAGAUUGCCGUCGUCACUGGGGCAUCAUCCGGUAUCGGUGCUGCCGUAGCAAAGGCUCUCGCCGCCGAAGGUGCAAAUGUCGCCGUUGCCGCGAGGAGGGUCGAGGUCCUCGACUCACUCAAGUCGACCAUCAUCUCAACUUCAGGUGUCAAGGUCCUGGCACAAGCAACCGAUGUGACGGACCGGGGCCAGGUUGAGGCCCUCAUCAAGACCACGGAGGAGACCCUCGGCCCCGUGGACCUGCUCGUUGCCUGCGCGGGCGUCAUGUACUUCACCCUGAUGAAGAACGUCCACACCGAGGAGUGGGAGCGCACCGUCGACGUCAACUGCAAGGGCCUCCUGCACAGCCUGUCCUCGACCGUGCCGUCCAUGCUCGCCCGCGGCAAGGGCCACAUCGUCGCUAUCAGCUCCGACGCAGGCAGGAAGGUCUUCCCCGGGCUCGGCGUGUACUCGGCGUCCAAGUUCUUCGUCGAGGGCACCCUGCAGGCGCUGCGGGUCGAGACCGCCGGGUCCGGCCUGCGCGUCACCAGCAUCCAGCCCGGAAACACCAACACGGACCUGCUGAAUAUGUCGUCGGACGCAGAGGCCGUCAAGAAGUACGGCGAGCCCACCGGCGCCAAGAUCCUGGACCCGGAGGAUGUCGCUGGCGCGAUCGUGUAUGCGGUGACCAGGCCCGAGCACGUCUCCGUGAACGAGGUGCUGAUUGAGCCGAGGGAUGAGCCUAUCUAG